AUGGCAGCUACUGGGGUGGAGCACCCGCCGCACCCCUCUUCAUCCCGUAGACAUGACUCGACUUUUGACGGAACAAGGCCCGAGGAAUAUUCGUCAGACCCGCCCUGCCUAGAGCGAAAGAGAAAUAUCCCUCUACCUCCCUUGUCUUUCGAUCCAAUUUCCCUUAAUCCGUUGUUGCAAUAUCGAUCAGGCCCGGCCUUGAUGGCCUAUCACCUCACGGAGCCAUCGUCGACCGCGGUCCUCUCACGAGCGGUGAAGAACAAUCCCUCUAUGACGUUCUGGAAGCACCAAGCGGCCAUGACACCGACGAAUUUGUGCUCGCUAACUAUCAGAAUGGAAGGGAUUGACAGACCUAUUGUCGUUCGUCCGUCAGGGAUUAAGGGCGGCGUUGUCACUGUCGGAGACAUCCUCGAGGCCGUACACCUCGCAGUCACAUUAGGAGGCAAUCGAAGCCCGAAAGGCGAGUCGUGUUGGUGGUGGGCGGGAUUAGCACCUUGCCCAGACGAGCGAGACGUAUGGAUCUUGUAUACAACUGACAACUGCUCAUGGUGA